AUGUUACCUAAGGUGGACAUAAAAUUUAUUUUCUGUUUAUUUAUAGCGAUUUUAACAUGCUGCGGAUUAAAUUUACCAUCGUACAUUAAACCAUGUAGUUUAUCGGACCCAAAUCUAAAAUCAUGUAUGAUUCAAAGUGGCCAAAAUGCAAUUUCAUCUUUGAGAAAGGGCGAUCAAAAUUAUAAAAUACCAAGCGUGGAUCCACUUAAAAUUCCGUUAAUUGAAAUUAACAUGGGUGAAGAUUUAAGUAUAAAAUUUUCAAAAAUUACCGCUUACAAUUUUUUUGAAGUUGUUAAAAUCCAAGAUGUCGAUUUUGAUCUUGAAAAAGGUAUAUUUAGUUUGCAUUUAUACGAUGAGAGUGGAAUUUUGGCCGAUUUAACGUACGAAAUGAAAAUGAAAUUGAUGGGGUUACCGAUUACUGGAAACGGUGAAGCUAAAGCAAACGUCUCUAAAAUCGAUAUGUUUUAUGAAGCCGCUUUAAAAACUAUUCAAGAAGAUGACGGCGAUCACUUCAACAUUGAUAAAUCAAAAUUUAAUGCUACUGUUGGGCAACUUCAGUUUCAUUUUGAUAAUUUAUUUAAUGGAGAUCAAAGAUUAGGAGACGCUACAAACAACUUAAUCAAUGAAAAUUGGAGAGAAUUUUCAUCUAUUCUUCAACCAGCUGUCAUCGAUCUUUUUCAAGGAUUAAUUAAUGGUUAUUUGAAAGGAAUAUUUGCUUCUGUACCUAAAAACAGUUUAUUUUUACCUUAAACAUCAAAUGAAAUCGGCGUUUACAUGAUAACGAAGGGUUUAAUGUUUAUAAAUACUUUUCUUUUCUUCUUUUAUAUUAAAUAAUUGUUUCAACGUGUUGUUUAUUCUUUAUUCACUGUAUAAACCAUUCUAAACAGCUAUAAAACUUUAUUACAAUAAGUUACUUUUUAGGACAACACAUAA